CCCAAAAAAAAAAACCCACCCUGUUCAUAUUCUCCUCCCUCCCCUUCCUCUCUCCUUCCCUCCUUCUUCCACUCCACCACGCUCGCUCAGGCAGACAAACCACAAAACCAAUCGAUUCGUCUCACCACAGAUAAUCACCCUCCUCCUCGCCGUCGAUCCCAAAGCCAAAAGCCAAGUCAAACUUCCUUCUCACCUCCCAAAAAAUCUCUUCACCAUGCGCUUCUCACUCGCCCUCAUCGCUGCCGUCGCAGCUGCCACCUCAGUCGCCGCUCAGGACGUCGCGGGCAUCGUGUCCCAGAUCCCCUCGUGCGCGCUGACCUGCAUCGCCACCGCCUCCGCGGGACAGUCGUGCGCCAUCACCGACUACGCCUGCCAGUGCGGCAAGAUGUCUGCUAUCCAGGCUUCGGCUACUCCUUGUGUCACCACCAAGUGCAAGCCCGAGGAUGCUCUUAAGGUCCUCUCCCUAACCAGCGAGCUCUGCAAAAAGGUCGGCACCGGCUCAUCCUCCUCAUCCGCCGCCGCCGCCGCAGCCACCACCCAAGCAGCCGGCGGUGCCGCAACCACCACCACCCUCGUCACCGCCCCCUCCUCCACCGACGAAGGAUCCAUCCAGCCUUCCCUCGCCGCCACCACCGCUGCCACCACCGCCGCCGGCGGCAGCAGCAGCGGAGCCCCCACGGAGCCGACGGGCGCGUUCACCCAGACUCCGGCGCCGGUUGCGUCUGGUGCGGCCAGCAGGAUGGGAGUCAGCGGCUCGGCGGCGGCUGUUGUGGCUGUUGCGGCUAUGCUGUUGUAAGGGGUGGUCUGUUAGUGUCAGGCUGUUGGGUGUGAGUUGGGUUAGUGAAUGGGUGAACUCGAGCUCGUGAUGGGUUGCGAUUUUAUGCACGGCUCGUCUGCGUGGCUUGGGUGAUCUCAGCGAGCUGAGUUGAACGGGGAGGAAGGAAGGGGAAGAAGGGUGGAGGAAGUAAUUACGUGGAUGUCUGGGAGAGAAACCGAUCAAUCGAACCUGAAGCAGGAGAGAGACAACAUACUGUUGUGUGCGUUCGUGCGGGCGGAUGGAUGGGGUUUCUGUAUUACUGGGUUAUAUUUAGAAGGGGGGGAUAUAGAUUAAUGGUAUUUCCUAAUAUCUUUUUACCACCUUUUUGAUCUUUCAGAUGUGGAUUUGGUGAACCUUUGGCUCGUCUUUCAAUAACUGGAG